CAAGUGUGUGGGUCUCUAGUUUUGCUGAGGACCCCGAGCCUUCGUUGCUGGGAGUUACACGGGACGCCACAUCUACUCUGUUGUGUACAAAUCUUAAGCAGGUUGUGUUCAUUUGGAAAGUUGAAUUUUAUUAUUAUUAUUAUUAUUAUUUAAAGAUGGGCACAGAUAUGGAUCCUGUUUUUUUGGCAUUGAGCUAUUUCAGGAGGCGAAAAUUCCAGCAGUGCUCCGAUCUGUGUUCUCAAGUACUGGAGAAAAGUCCUUACGACAAGGAGGCUGAAAUUACAGUCAUUACUUCUGAGGCCGCAUGGAGUCUAAAAACACAGGCUCUGACAGAGAUGGUGUAUGUGGAUGAAAUAGAUGUGGAUCAAGAGGGAAUAGCAGAAAUGGUGCUGGAUGAGAAUGCGAUUGCUCAGGUUGCACGCCCUGGUACAUCUCUGAAGCUGCCAGGAACAAGCCAGGGAGGAGGUCCAAGUCCAGCUGUCAGACCCAUGACUCAUGCAGGGAGGCCCAUUACUGGGUUUGUCCGGCCAAGCACACAGUCAGGACGACCUGGCACAAUGGAGCAAGCCAUCAAGACUCCGAGGACUGCCCACACUGCCCGGCCAGUCACUAGUGCUUCCGGGAGAUACGUUAGGCUAGGAACGGCAUCCAUGCUUACCCAUCCCGAAGGACCCUUUAUAAACCUGUCUAGAUUGAAUCUGGCAAAAUAUGCACAAAAGCCCAACUUAUCAAAGGCAUUGUUCGAAUACAUCUUCCAUCAUGAGAAUGAUGUUAAAAAUGCCUUGGAUCUUGCAGCCCUUGCUACUGAGCAUGCUCAGUUCAAAGACUGGUGGUGGAAGGUACAGCUUGGGAAAUGCUACUACAGGCUGGGCUUGUACCGUGAAGCUGAAAAACAAUUUAAAUCUGCACUCAAACAGCAGGGAAUGGUUGACUCGUUCCUUUAUCUGGCUAAGGUCUAUUUACGUUUGGAUCAGCCUGUAACAGCUAUCUGCCUUUUCAAGCAAGGUCUGGAUCAAUUUCCAGGAGAGGUUACCAUGCUCAAUGGAAUAGCCAGGAUUUAUGAGGAAAUGAAUGACAUUACCUCGGCCACUGAGUAUUACAAAGAAGUUCUUAAGCAAGACAAUACCCAUAUAGAAGCUAUAGCUUGCAUUGGCAGCAAUCAUUUUUAUACUGAUCAGCCUGAGAUUGCACUGCGGUUUUACAGACGACUGCUCCAGAUGGGAGUUUACAACUGUCAGCUCUACAACAACCUGGGUCUUUGCUGUUUUUAUGCCCAGCAGUAUGACAUGACGCUGAGCUCCUUCGAACGAGCACUUCAGUUAGCUGCAAACGAUGAUGAAGUGGCAGAUGUGUGGUAUAACAUGGGACAUGUGGCAGUAGGAAUAGGAGACUCUGUUUUAGCAUACCAGUGUUUUAAACUGGCUCUGUCCAACAACAAUGACCAUGCAGAGGCUUACAAUAACUUGGCAGUCCUAGAACUUCGCAAAGGCAGAGUUGAACAGGCAAAGGCGUUCCUGCAGACUGCUUCAGCUCUGGCACCUCACAUGUAUGAACCUCAUUAUAACUUAUCUACCCUUUCCGAGAAGAUGGGCGACCUUCAAAGCAGUUAUACUGCUGCUCAGAAAUCAGCAGCUUCAUUCCCAGAACAUGUGGACACGCAGCAGCUCAUUAACCAGCUCAAACAGCACUUUGCUGUGCUCUGAAGAACCAGCUGAAGUCCUGAUUAUUCCACAUGUGGAGUUUUCCAUUCAUAUAUAUAUAUUUUUUUAAAUGUUCCUUUUACACAAUACCGAGGGGGAUAGUCUGUUCAAGUGACCCUCAGUUAUCAUACUUUCUACAUUAAUAAACAGAUGAUCUCUAUGUUUAUUACAGAAUGUGUCUGACUUCUCUGUUACACUAAGGUCAACCUAAGGGAAUCAUUAUCUGUUGUUGCUUUAGCUGUAUACAAUACACUACUUCAGUGCAAUUUAUGUAAUGCUUUUUUUCAGUAAACGCUUGAGUCUAUGAAACUCUUUUGUUCUGCAUAAUAUACUAUGGAAAUAACUGUUACUUCUGCAUCUGUGCAAACAUGUAUGUAAAAAAUCUAUAGAACAGUAAAUGUAUUACAAUAAAAAUAGAUAUACUUUUGUAAAUGAAAUUUAAAGUCAAGAUUAAAGUGAAGUUUUAAUGCCUUAGUUAAUAUAUAUAUAUAU